UAUCUAUUAAUCUGUGGUCGUAGUCUGUCGUCUGUGGUCGUAGAUUUGUUUCUUUUUUUGGGAAUACAUAUACUUUUUUAUUAAAAAAUGUAGAAAAUUAUACUAUUCAAUACCUAGAACAUUAUAGUUCGAUUGUGUAUUAGUGAUCCUAAUUAAUAAUGUGGUAAAAGUACAACAAGGAAGCAUGGCGGCGGACACGGCGGUGGUCGCCAGCCCCGAGGAGACCCUGGAGUCGCUGCUUCGCGAGGCGGAAGCACUCAAGCAGAAGCUGGAAGAAGAGCGCCAGAAACUGAACGAUGUCACUCUGAUCAGUGUGGCAGAGAGGUUGGAGCCCCUCAAUAUCCCCAACCUAAAGAUGCGGCGAACGCUCAAGGGUCACCAGGCCAAAGUGCUCUGCUGUGACUGGGCACCAGACAAACGCCAUCUCGUGUCUUCUUCUCAGGAUGGCAAGCUCAUAAUCUGGGACGCAUUUUCCACGGCCAAGGAGGUGACUAUCCCCAUGCCCAGCACGUGGGUCAUGGCGUGCGCCUACGCGCCCUCCGGUGGGGCAGUGGCCGCCGGCGGGCUCGACAACAAGGUGACGGUGUUCCCGCUGGGCGGCGACGAGGAGCCGGCGUCGCGCAAGCGCACCGUGGCCACGCACACGUCCUACGUGUCCGCCUGCCUGUUCCCCAACUCCGACCGCCAGCUCGUCACCGGCAGCGGCGACGGCACCGCCGCGCUGUGGGACGUGGAGUCCGGCCAGCUGCUGCAGAGCUUCCAGGCGCACGCGGCCGACGUGCUGGCCUUGGACCUGGCGCCCACCGACCUGGGCGACACCUUCGUGUCCGGCGGCGGCGACCGCGCGGUCUUGGUGUGGGACAUGCGCUCGGGGCACGCCGUGCAAGCCUUCGACGCGCAUUUGAGUGACGUCACAGCGGUGAAGUACCACCCCGCCGGCGACGCGCUGGCCUCCGGCUGCGACGACUCUGCGUGUCGCCUGUUCGAUCUGCGCGCCGACAGAGAAGUGGCGCGCUACGGUAAGCCGAGUCUCAUAUUCGGUGUGACGUCAGUCGAAUGGUCGCUGAGCGGGCGCCUGCUGUUCGCGGGCUACGGCGACUACACCGCGUGCGCGUGGGACGCGCUGCGCGCUACGCGUGUGUCCAUCAUGUCGGGCCACGAGCACCGCGUCUCGCAUCUGACGCUGUCGCCCGACGGCACGGCUGUGGCCACGGCGUCGUGGGACACUACGCUGCGCGUGUGGGCUUAAGUACGGGUAAAUACUUUGACCCUUUUGAAACUUAUCUACGUACUUGUCUGUUGUCCCUCCCUCUUACAUAGGUUGUACUCACUCCAAAAGAUGAAAGGAAAGAUAUGUCGAGUGCUUCACCUUUUGUUGUGUAGCCAGGACAUAAUAAUAAUAAAAUGACUUUAUUUUCAUUGUGACCUAAAAAAAUAUCAGUCCAGAUUUGUCAAGUUAUUAGUGUGUCCCAUCCGUGCAUCAAAGUCUCAAACAGCACGUUAAAAAGUCCCAGUAAUUAAUAAUAUCUGAGAGUAAUAGACUCAAAACAUUAUUACACAAAGCCCACCAACCUGCAUUUUAGCAAUGUGGUGGAUCUAAGCCUUAAAUCCUAGCUCCUAUAAAGAAUCCUGGCCCUGUAGUGGGCCAUUCAAUUAGGCUUUUCUUCAGGAAUGGUUGUAGUCAAAUGUUGUACUAUAAAAAAAACAAAAUACUAUGACCGAGUAUGCGGCUUGCACAUGUGGACCUAAGCCGCUUACUAUUUAGUAAGGUAGCCCAACAGAGGAUUUUGGGAUUCACUCGAGCAUGUCAGAUGAAUAUAAGAAUGUAAAGGAGGAUACCGUGAGUGUAUUAGACACUACCUACUAUAAUACCUUGGUAGAGACAACAAGUGGAAAAAUUAUAAGGAUAAAACUAUCCCACUCCCUGGUUACGCUUAAGUUGUCGAAAUGCAUAGCGUGCAUGCGUAGUAACUAACCUUACCUUAAUCUGACGCAUUUGAAUAUCUGAUGAUCCCAUAGUUUUACUAAUAUGCUGGGUUGUCCUAAACGUAAAGUGUUUUUAUUUAAGAUACUGAAUAACAUACAAGGUAUCCUCAUGUUCAUUUGCUGGGUGCAAUAGUAAAUCCCAAAAUCCCCUUGGGCUCCUGUACUAGUGAUUGAGACAAUCCCAAAGAAUCUGUUGUUAUUAUUCAUUAGUUUUAUUAUAAUCGUUAUUGUUAAUUAGUCGCACAUGAUUGUAUUUAUAAAUUUUAGUAUAUAAGAGAAUAGAAUAUUAUGUAAUAGAUAAUAAAAAAAAAUGUAGGUGCAUAAAAAUAUUGUAUUCCAAAUAAAAGUAUUAAUUUAUAUUCCUGCAAUACCUACUAAGUAUGUAGUUAUAGAUGUAUUUACUCAUAAUUAUAAAACUAUCUUUAAGUAUUAGUAGCCAUUUAAGAUAUAUAGAUAUUUUGGUGUGAGAGCUGGUCAACGUUUUGGUUAGGUAUUUGUGAUACUGGUUCUUUUACUUUUACUUAGCUCUUCUGUAUUGCCAUAACACGUAGGCUGGGGAUUUGUGGGGUUUUUUUUAUUAAAAAAAAAUAUGCUUUAAAAUUGAAUGGUUAAAGAGCAAAAAAAUACACAAAAUUUCCUAGAUGGUGUAUUUGACUUUGCUAGAUGCUUACAAAAAAAAAAAUAAAAAGCCUGACUUUGUCAGAAAAAUCAAGUGUAUUUUUUCCAAAAGACUUUGCCAAGUCUCAUGUUCUGUGUUAGGGUAGUAUAGAAGAGGCAAAGAACAAGUUUUUAGUUUUGUUCAAAUACCUACCCAAAAAUGUUGACCAGCUCUCGGGAUAUAUCAUGUUAGAUGCAGGUGCCAAUUUGCACUCUGUAGAUAACAAGUAAUAUAAUUCUUGUGACUCUGAACUCAAAUGUGUUACCUCAAAUUUUGGAUCUUAACAAUAAACUCAGAUGUUAGAAGUG